AUGAUAGGGUGGGAAGAUAUAUACAAAGUGGUGGUGUCGAUGGUGCCGUUGUACGUUCCGCUCGUUUUAGGGUAUGCUUCGGUUCGCCGGUGGAGAAUGUUCAAACCCGAGCAUUGUGACGCGAUCAACCGUUUCAACUGUUAUUUCGUCAUCCCUUUCUUCACUUUCCAUUUCACGUCGGGAGUCAAUCCGUACCGCCUAAACUACCAAUUCUUAGCUGGCGAUGUCGUGGCAAAAGCCAUCGUGGGCUCGAUUUUAGCCCUAUGGGCCAAUCUUUGGAGAGGGGGAAACUUCUCGUGGGCAAUUACGUCAUAUUCCCUCUCGAGCCUCAACAACACGUUGGUCGUGGGAGUCCCGUUGUUGGGCGCUAUGUAUGGGCCGGUUGGGGAGGAUUUAGUAGUCCAAUCGUCUGUCAUUCAGGCCCUCAUAUGGUUCCCGAUUCUAUUGUUCUUGCUCCAACUCAGACAGCAACAGCAAAAACAAAAACAACAGCAAGAACAACAAAACGCCGAUCAGGAAAAUCAAAACGGCAAUACGAACGCGACGGCCGAGUACACCACCACCGUUGGAUCAACGAUGAUCAAAGUUUUUGCAAAGCUUGCAACGAAUCCCAAUUGUUACGCGUGUGGCCUUGGACUCGUUUGGUCUCUCCUUGCAAAAAGGUGGAAUUUUGGGAUGCCCGAUAUAGUGGAAGGAUCGGUUUUGAUUAUGGCCAAGGCAGGGAGUGGUGUGGCCAUGUUCUCAAUGGGACUAUUUAUGGCACUUCAAGAAAAGGUGAUAGCAUGUGGUGUGAAAAUGAGCUUGUAUGGGAUGCUGCUAAGGUUCGUGGGUGGACCGCUCACCACAGCAAUUGGUUCCCUGGCUUUAGGGCUGAGGUCAAAUAUCCUCCGUAUAGCCAUCAUCCAGGCGGCUCUACCAGAAGCCAUAACAGCUUUCGUAUUUGCUCAAGAAUAUGGGUUGCACGCCAACGUACUCAGCACAGCGGUAAUUUUUGGUACUAUAGUAUCCCUUCCUCUGUUGAUCGCGUAUUAUGCCAUCUUAGAUGUAAUCAAGAUAUGA